UGCCAUAAAUUCCGUACGUCACCACCGAGCGACCAGAGUGUAGUGUCAGUGAAGAAGGAGAAAUGGCUGCAAGGUUACUGCUCCGCUCGGGUUUUAGAGCCGCUGCUACCUGCCGGGCUGCCCGGGCUGCCCCGGUCCCUGUCCUGACCCGCAGCAUGGCGGCUGGAGGGAUUCCCACUGAUGAGGAACAGGCCACUGGACUGGAGAGGAUCAUUAUGGAGAACAUGAAGGAGGGAAAGGAUCCCUAUAACAUGAUGAAGCCAAAGUGGUACAGCGGCACCAAGGAUGAUCCAAACAUUGUUCCCUCCAUCACAGACAAGAGGAUUGUGGGAUGUAUCUGUGAAGAAGACAACACGACUGUGGUCUGGUUCUGGAUCCAUGAGGGCGAGGCCCAGCGCUGCCCAUCCUGUGGCUCCUACUACAAACUGGUUCACUAUGACCUCCCUCACUAAGUUAUAACAUAGCUCUGUUAUAGACGUGUAGGACACAGCUGUGUGUCUGCACGGCGUUAGCUUCUCUCUGAAAUAUUCCUACAGAACGAGGUGAAGAAGAAUCAGACAGCGACGUUUUCAUUCUCAAAUCUCCAGGAAGUUUAUUUAAGAACAUUUUGGGCUCUGUGUAUUUCCUGGUCUUAUUGUACGAGUCCUCGUCUGAUUGGUCUUUGACUCGCUCUGCCUCAGUACUUGAUCCACCUGCUAACCUCAUCAGUCUUUGCUUUACAUGUUACAUUUACAGAGGGAUCAGACGUGGUUUGGGACACAACUGUUUUCUUUCAAAACAUUUCCAUUCAGCUUCAGUUUACAUUGACACAUGUACUGUACAAUGUUACACUUGGUCCACUCACUCCUUUUAUUGAACUAAUAAAGUCCUCGACAUCUA